UCCAAUGGCUCGACCAUCCUAAUUGAGAGAGGGAAAUACGGAGAAUCGCAUCCCGGUGGCGGAGCAGCCUCCCGUGCCGAACCGUCUGACAACCCCCAGUUCUGUGAAGGGGACCAGCAGUCACGGGGAGGAAUAAUGAUGCCAAAUAGUCUGCUUGGUUUCCAGUCGAGGUCGCCGGUGUUCAGAACACUGUCCAGGUCAUCCAGUGGAUAUUUUUCGUUCGACAGCGAUUCUGUUCCAAGCUCCCCGCUAUUGAAAGAUAACAAGUCGACACAGACUCCGAGCCCAUCUAGCCAAGUCAUUACUCACGCACUGCAGCGCAUGUCUCAAGAACAGGAGACCCGGCGAGAUGAUGGUAAGGCACACCCUUGCUUGUGUCGAACAAAUAAAUGUUGUUACUCACUAUCCCGCCAGCGUUGGGCAGCUGCAUGGCAUGGUGCACAUGAUAAACCCUUUAUGCGCAAAUAAUGAUGUGUGCCCUGCCAUUGUGUCAAUCGGAAGGUGCACUUUGUUUUGAACACUUAACCCACACCAGUUGACGACAUUCCCUGGCUAUUCCAACAUAUUAAGGACCAUUGGUUUUUUAGCGUAUUCACUGAUAUGGGGGGAGGAUUGGGGGCUAUUACGCACGGAUGCGUCUUGGUUUAUUGCAUGCUAUUGUUCCUGGGCGGUUUGUAAUGUCUAUUGUUAUAUUUACUUCAGUACCGUAGUCAUUACCAUAUCUGCAUGUGUCGAGUCUACAGAAUAACGUGACCAUGAGCCAAUAGUUGGAUUCAACCUCAGCAGGAAGUUUCUAGAGAACAGUAUCUGCCCUCUGUUUACUGAGUUGUCAUAAGCCACCAAGGAUCCACCUGGGCCCAGACAGGGUAUGUGUUUGUGCGCGCGAAUGAUAGCAAAACAUGCGCGUAUGUGUGUGUUAAAGGCACCUGUGCGUGCACACAGAUUUACACUCAACCUCAAUAACAUUCCCUAACAAAGCCAGUGGCUAUAGAAUACAAGCAAAAGGAAAUACACAGGGACAAACAGGCACAGUGCAUAAUAGAAGUGAUUGAGCAGCCUGAUUCACUUGUGUCCUUUUAUUUGCGCUCAGUGUUGCAGAGGCCACAUGUAGUGAGUUGGAGUAUAGGCCAGUCAAAAUAGACCUCUGUGUCUUUUGUCAGCAGCAGACAGGGAUUCCUCUCCGUUCAUUCUCCUUAGGAGCCGGCUGAUAUAAGGGACAGAUAAAUCUCUAUCUGUAGUGUUUCACGAAACAUCUCUAAUCCCAAAGGCUACUCUUAAUGGGGUAGAGAACAACAACUGUUCUAUCUCUGAUCUUGGGAAGUAAGUGAACUGGCCCCAACUCAAAGCCAUUUCUUUAGAUAAAGUCUGAAGAGUAUGUUUGUGGAGAAUAAUAUAAAUGUUCUCCAGUUUUAGUACUACCGUAUGUCUGUUAUUGCCUGAGGGAGACGGACGCUGGUUGGAAUUGUUUAUUGGUUUUUAGUAUUUUCUGACUCAGAUAUGAGUCAUCCUAGCACACAUAUAGAAUACCACAAGUGUGGUAUUAUAUCUUCUCAGGGCAUAAUGCCUUUGGUUCUUUAAAUGGCAUUUUGAUUUUGACAACUUUACUUGAGGAUUCUUAACAAAUAGCCUUUAAAACACAGUAAUAAGAUUGUCAUAAGAUAACAAAACACCACAUUUCAUAAUACUAGUCCUACACUCAUCAUGGGAAAUGCUGUGAUGAUGCAUGUCUUGAAUUGUCACUGUGCUAUGUGUUAUUGUUAUGUCUCCUUUAUGACAGUGAUAUAAAGACAUUAUACCAGGCCACUUGCAGUAAAGUAAAGUAAGUAAAGUGUUUCCACAUUAACGUUUGGUUCAACUGAUAUUACAGGGCCCCUGAGGGAUAUGAGAAAUAUUAGACAUAUGUUUCAUGACACCUGUGAGUCAUAGAAAGAGAUCAGAACACAUUCAUAUUGACAACUUAACCACACUAUAGGAACCACUUGGCUUGUCUGCAAAGUGUCAUACUGGACUUUUCUUAGUAAUGCUGUAGCUUGGUCUUUGUUAUUAGAUUGUGUUCCAAUGAUUUCUGACAGCUAUUUGCUCUUUGUCCACCAGACGUGUGGCCCAACCCCCUCCACCGCUAUAGACCACGCCCACCACCAACUGCAGGGGACAUGCGGCCAGAGACACUGAUCGGUCAGGAGCUUAAUCGCAUUGGAGAUGAUUUCAAUGAUCUCUUAAUACAUGGGGUGAGUAGUUACUGUUAGCUCAGCUGGUAGAGCACAGCGCUUGUAACGCCAAAGUAGUGGGUUCGAUCCCCGGGACCACCCAUACACAAAAAAAUGUAUGCACGCAUGACUGUAAGUUGCUUUGGAUAAAAGCGUCUGCUAAAUAGCAUAUUAUUAUUAUUAUUAUUAUUAUUAUUAUUAUUAUUACACCACACCAGCACUGAGUCUGCUAACCUACUACUGUAUAUACACAUAUAGGGUUGGAGGAGCCACAGAUAAGUGAUGAUGAGGAUGAUAAUGAUCCAUAUAUCCAGAUGAUACAUCAUUUUUGGGAUGUUAACAUUUAAUUAAAGGACUCUCUUCAGGGAAUGGGUAGCUUCAAUAUCCAGAGGGUACGGAUAUGCUACACAGGCACUGCAAAAACGAUUAUUUCAGGGUCUUGAUGAUCACUGUUGUCACUGCAGGGCAGGGUAAAGUUCAUCUUCCCAUUAGAUAGUGUCAAUAAUUUAAGUGUUGUCUCAGAGCUGCUGCCAAAUUCAUGACAGCACCGGUGAACAAAAUGCCUGUGCAGCCAGAUGUUUUUUUUCCUUCUCUUGCUACUUGCACAGUACAUUUCUGGAGGUUGCAUCACCUUAUUUACAAACCAUAUCAAGGACUGCAUUGUAUCAAAUGGAGCUGAUAAGGUGCUCAGCUCAACAUGUGCCAUUCUAAAUUAUUUCACGCUCGCAUGCUCUCUUUGUGUCCUUGACCUAGCAUAGACACAUUCUGUGCUGUAAUUUCUUAUGUACUGAGGGCACUCUGGUUUUAUAACAUUAGUUAUAAUAGGUACAGGACAGGUCCAAUAGCCACAUUGAAAUUGUGGUGCAUAGUGCAGAAGGCAAGAUAAAGGGAAAUCUGUGCUACUGCUAUUGCAACAGUGUACAGUAGAUUGUAUGUGACCAUGGCGAUUGAUCAGCCAGCUGUUCAUCUACAGUAUAUUGUCAUGUCUUUGUAUCUUAAACAAUCUCUGUGAGGUGGUGAUUAAUCUUACCCUGGGUCAUCAGUUUCCUGGUUAAUUUCAUAACUCUGUUUACAGUGACCUGCAAAAGUAUUCAUCCCUGUGGCAUUUUUCCUAUUUUGUUUCAUUACAACCUGUAAUUUAAAUUGAUUUUUAUUUGGAUUUCAUGUAAUGGACAUACACAAAAUAGUCCAAAUUGGUGAAGUGAAAUAAAAAAAAUAACUUGUUUAAAAAAAAAUCUAAAAAAUAAAUAACAGACAAGUAGUGCGUGCAUAUGUAUUCACCCCCUUUGCUAUGAAGCCCCUAAAUAAGAUCUGGUGCAACCAAUUACCUUCAGAAGUCACAUAAUUAGUUAAAUAAAGUCCACCUGUGUGCAAUCUAAGUGUCACAUGAUCUGUCACAUGAUCUCAGUAUAUAUACACCUGUUCUGAAAGGCCCCAGAGUCUGCAACACCACUAAGCAAGGGGCACCACCAAGCAAGCGGCACCAUGAAGACCAAGGAGCUUUCCAAACAGGUCAGGGACAAAGUUGUGGAGCAGUACAGAUCAGGGUUGGGUUAUAAAAAAUAUCAGAAACUUUGAACAUCCCACGGAGCACCAUUCAAUCCAUUAUUAAAAAAUGGAAAGAAUAUGGCACCAUAACAAACCUGCCAAGAGAGGGCUGCCCACCAAAACUCACGGACCAGGCAAGGAGGGCAUUAAUCAGAGAGGCAACAAAGAGACCAAAUAUAACCCUGAAGGAGCUGCAAAACUCCACAGCGGAGAUUGGAUUAUCUGUCCAUAGGACCACUUUAAACCGUACACUCCACAGAGCUGGGCUUUACGGAAGAGUGGCCAGAAAAAAACCAUUGCUUAAAGAAAAAAAUAAGCAAACACGGUUUGGUGUUCGCCAAAAGCCAUGUGGGAGACUCCCCAAACAUAUGGAAGAAGGUACUCUGGUGAGUUGAGACUAAAAUUGAGCUUUUUGGCCAUCAAGGAAAACUCUAUGUCUGGCGCAAACCCAACACCUCUCAUCAUCCCGAGAUGAUGUGGUCCUCUGUAGCUCAGCUGGUAGAGCACGGCGCUUAUAACGCCAUGGUAGUGGGUUUGAUCCCCGGGACCACCCAUACACAAAAAAUUUAUGCACGCAUGACUGUAAGUCACUUUGGAUAAAAGCGUCUGCUAAAUGGAAUUUUUUUAUAUAUAUAUAUUUUUUUUUAUUAACACCAUCCCCACAGUGAAGCAUGGUGGUGGCAGCAUUAUGCUGUGGGGAGGUUUUUCAUCGGCAGGGACUGGGAAACUGGUCAGAAUUGAAGGAAUGAUGGAUGGCGCUAAAUACAGGGAAAUUCUUGAGGGAAACAUGUUUUAGUCUUCUAGAGAUUUGAGACUGGGACGGAGGUUCACCUUCCAGCAGGACAAUGACCCUAAGCAUACUGCUAAAGCAACACGAGUGGUUUAAGGAGAAACAUUUAAAUGUCUUGGAAUGGCCUAGUCAAAGCCCAGACCUCAAUCCAAUUGAGAAUCUGUGGUAUGACUUAAAGAUUGCUGUACACCAGCAGAACCCAUCCAACUUGAAGGAGCUGGAGCAGUUUUGCCUUGAAGAAUGGGAAAAAAUCCCAGUGGCUAGAUGUGCCAAGCUUAUAGAGACAUACCCCAAGAGACUUGCAGCUGUAAUUGCUGCAAAAGGUGGCUCUACAAAGUAUUGACUUUGGGGUGGGUGAAUAGUUAUGCACGCUCAAGUUUUCUGUUUUUUUGUCUUAUUUCUUGUUUGUUUCAAAGUGGUAGGCAUGUUGUGUAAAUCAAAUGAUACAAACCCCCCAAAAAUCCAUUCUAAUACCAGGUUGUAAGGCAACAAAAUAGGAAAAAUGCCAAGGGGGGUGAAUACUUUCGCAAUCCACUGUAGAUCUUACUCUAAUCAUACUCAAAGCUUUGUUGUGUUCCUUCUUGGAGAAAAUAUUUUGUUUACCACUCUAUGGAGAGUCUUCUCCCAUGUUCCAUUCUUGUCACUCUCCAUCUGAGCAGACUUGAAGUGUUUUCUUCAUCCCCAAGGGUCACUACCUGGUGCCCAUAAAGGUGGACAGUUUGUCUGUAUAACCAAAAAUAUUAACUGAAGACACGUACUGUUCUUUCGAAUGAGUGUGUGAGGAUUUGCCGUGAGGUGAAUGUUGUGUUACUAAUGGCCUCCGGGUGUCUGAGGAGAAAUAAAUAUUUACACACCUUUCAACAAAUGAGGCUGUGAUUCAGACUUAACACACAUUGUAGAGCAGAACAGGGCUUGUUUGUGUGUGUGUGUGUGUGUGUGUGGUUCUGUAUGUAUGUACUCUCUUGGCUAGAGGGAGGUGUAUGUGUUUUGAGAACAAUGAGCACAAUAAAAAGCGGAACAUGUUGUGUUCUAUGUUCUGGUCUCAGGUGUUUGGUUGACAUCAGAGUGAGGUAUUCUGCAAGACUGUCUCUGUCUAGAAUCUAGAGCGGUCUCAUAUUUUUUAUUUUUUAUUAUUUUUAACCUUUAUUUAACUAGGCAAGUCAGUUAAGAACAAAUUCUUAUUUACAAUGACUGCCUACACCGGCCAAACCCAGACGACGCUGGGCCAAUUGUGUCUCCCAUCUGUCUCAAUUGUCUAUUAAAUAACUAUAUACAGGUAUUACAUUGUGUGUUACUGACAAAUGCAGGUCUUUCAUCUAGCUCUAUGUAUAGGUUUUCAACUGCCAAUAACUGUCAUAAUGCUUGUAUCUGGAUCAGAGGUAGUAUCUCCUGGCUAGUGACUAUAAAGUGAGUUAUUUCCUUGUAGACAAAAUGUUUGUGUGUGUGUUUUCAGGUAAGGUGAAUAAAAAACACCUACACACUUUGUUUACUGAUCCACAGAUCUGUGACAUCUGUCAGACUUCCCAGUCCUCAUUUCUGAUUGGGUCUAUUGGGUCUAUGGCCUCAGACAUACACACACACAGACAGAAACACACACACAGACACACACACACCCCUCCUUCUCUGCCUAAUAGCCAUCAUGGAAAAUAUUCUGGCUGUCAGAGUACGCAAUCAAGGUCAAGUUUGAGGGUUUGAAAGCUCAGAGAAGGAAGGGUCAGGUUAUAGUGACUGGGCAGAUGGUUAGUGAGUGAGUGGUUGUGUUGCAGCAUAGCAUGGCAGGGCUACGUGUCUGCUCAGCUUCAUUACGCCUACCCUGUGGUUAAGGCUCUCAGAGAGCCCACUGCGGGCUCUAAUUAUCCACUGGUCCGGCUUUACAGGCUUCACUCACCCAGCGCCAUGGAGACACACUCAGUCCAGCCCCGGCCCUCCAGACCUGAUCUUUGUCAUCUUCUCCCAGGGUCAGUUUGAACCCAGGCUCCAACGGUUGUCAUGUUUUGUGUGAGGCACUGGAAAGAACUUCUGAGUGGAGUUGGUCCUCUGUUAAAUCUUUGAGUGUGUUGCGGGUUUGGGUGUCUCCAUACUCUCUUUGUCUGUUUCUGUGUUGCUUGCGUGUGCUCACAUUUUACAUUUACAUUUUAGUCAUUUAGCAGACGCUCUUAUCCAGAGCGACUUUACAGUUAGUGAGUGCAUAUAUAUAUUUUUUCAUACUGCUUAGUGGUUGCAACGCUGUGAAGUUAACUUUGCAUGUGAAGGUGCUCUGUCCUGUGGACUGAAAUAGGAGGCUUUUAAUUCAGGGCACUCUUCUGAAUUAAACUUUAUUGUUUUCUUUCAAAUACUUUGAGCGUUUAACUGAACCUUCCCAGACUGACAGAUGGGCAGGGUUUGCAUUUUUGGGACUAUUCCAUUGGUUCCAUUGCACCAGGCCAGCUCAAUCAAGCGCAGCUAAAUUAUUUGAAAGAAAUCCAAGUACUUUUUGAGCCCUGGUCUGGUGAGACGUCUCUCCAGUGGUGAAUAUGGCAGAUAGUAGUGUGAAACAAACGCACCCUGCUAAUGCAAAGCAGAUGUCUGGCCACAGAAACAUGUUAUAUUCUAAGAGAACUAAUGUCUGCAUUUUGCCACUCAAAUUAUCUGUGCAUUUACAUGGCAGCUGACUUCUUUGUUGAGUUUCUAUUUUUUUUAAAUGGGGUUUGUUACUCAAAGUGAUUUUCCUUAGAAAGUGGUGACACCCUGUCUUAUUUGUGAUGCAAGGUUAUUUUGGUUUAGGCCCUGCAGUCUUUCUCUUGUAGAAAGAGGGAGAGAGAAGUUUGUCUGUUUGGAAACUAUUUUAAGCAGCUGCGUAAUAACUUGUUUUGAUCAAAUAAAAGCAUAUGCUGAGUAGCAUUGAGUGUCUCAGUGACAACUUUGUUUUUCCUCAGCCAGCAAUUGCAGGCAGAAAUCUCCAAACGUAUUAGCGAGUCACUUUCAUUUAAUGUCGUCUACUCCAAAUUGUGUCUGCUCUCCCAAUUAGGUCGAAUUGUUUUUCAGUGUUCUUCUGGCCUUGUAAGUUGUGGUUCUUUGUUUUGCUUGCAUGUGUCGCUGCACUCUGCGUUCUCACACCCCAGAUCAAUUGUCAGAGAGAGAUUAGUCAUUCUUCUGUGUGUGAUGCCGGCAUGCCACAACACAGUUUGGGCACAGAAACAACUGAAUACUCAGGCCCUGAUCCAUUAUACUUGAGACUUGAUUUAAGUGUUAAUGGUUUGCAACAUUGUACCAAUUUGCUGGUUGUGGGUGUGAAACGUUCAGUGUGUGUAUUUAGUGAAUUUGGGUAUUAUAACAUUAUCACUGCCAAAAACAUGAUUCUUAAAGGGAAAGAGAAAUGUAUCCCAUUUUUAAGGAAACUAACAAGUACAAUACACACUAACUUCACUAACUAUGUGUGAAAUAGCUGAAAGUCUUUGAAAGUAAUAUUGGAAUAUGUUUUCUACUGAACCCCUCCCCCCCUUCCAUCAGUUUUACACAGCUAAUAACAUAUUAUUAAAGGGAUCAUUCACCUGUUGAUUUGCCUUAUGCCAGCCUCUCAUGUUGCAUGCCUCAGGGUGUGAAGUGGCGUGUGAUUACAUACUGUGUACUAUAUAAUGCCAUACAAAAUGCAACAUGUAGUCAUGAUACUAUAAUACAUACCAGAGAGGUUUUACCAUCAGCCUCAAUGGCCAAAUCUCAGAAAACAAGUCUAUGUGUUUACAUUGUGUUGAAACCACUGCCUAGAAUGGUAGGAUGUGUUUAAUUUGUAGAGCUUACAGUAAGUACAGAAGUCUUUCCUCUUUCCAUCUAAUUCCAUUAAAAUCUCUUUACCAAAGGAACAUACAGUAUUUGUUUCACACAUUGUUAAAUAGAGUCGUAAACUUCCAAUAGGAUAUGUUCUAAUCAAGCAACCUUUCAACAGGUUGUUUUAAGUUAUUGUUAAGUCUUUCAGAACAAUCAUUUACAUCUAGCCAAACCUUCGAUCUGUCAAUUCUCUAAUGAACACAUCAUGUUUGGCCUGAAUGUGAAUGGGGUCUUACAAGGUUGCCAGUCCUGCUCUAUCUCACAGAGAAAUUAAUGCACCUCAAUUUAAGUUCACUUCCGCAUCACAUGUUUCCUCAGACACUAUUCACAGUCACUCCAGGUUUCUGUGGUUCUUGGCACGACUCGUUUAGCGUAACACCAAGCAUUGAUAUUCCUCUUGCAUUUGUUCCUAAAAUCCUGUUGUUGAGAGCAGAAUACCUGAGGCACAGGGCUGGUUUACAAUGUCUGCACUGUAUGGUUACCUGCCAAGCUGCUCUGAAUCGACACACCUGCAGUGAUUCACUAAUGGAGCGAUGCCCCAGUCAUACUUCAGCACAGUUCCUGUAAGAAACAGUUUUUUUUCCAACUCAAACCGCUAAGGGAAAAGUAUAACUCAGACUUGGUGUUUUCUCUUCAUUUUAUACUUGUAAAAUGAAUCACGCUUCCUCCGUCCCCUCUGCCAAAAGGGCCACAGGGGAAAUGCCAAGCGCUUAUCGCAAAAGCCCUGCCAAACUAGUGGCCUCAGGCCAACGUGCUGGCCUGGCCAAGACAGCCACCUGUUUUCACCUCCCCUCUGCCAAGUCUGCAGAGGUAAUUGUCUGUGAGGGGGGAGUAGUACAUCCAUCCCCCAUUAUUAGGAUGCCAUGACCUGGCCAAGGCCAAGUGCACCAUUGAAGACGUAAUAGAAUGGCUCAAUCUCUUCCCUAAUCUCUCCAUUCACCUCACAGUAAAAAUGUCCCUAUUUGUGUUUAGUUCAUCAAGUGCCCUUUCCAUUGGAGCUGAAGUAGCUGCCCUAAUAGAAUGGCCUUUAUGACACUGCUGCUGCACUGUAUUUCUCAUUAAGAGAUAUGACUCAUGUUGUAAACCUGGUAUGUUAGGGUUCACUUCAGCCCAAGGCUGUAGGACUAGUGUUGUCGUUUGCAGGGCCUCUGACCAACAUAGCAAUGUUGACACAAAGAUCAGAAGAGGAGAACAUUAACCCUCCAUUGAGAAGUUGAAUACACUUACUGUGGUUGCUCAUUUAAAUAACAUAAAUUAAAAUUGAAUUUGUCACAUGCUUGGUAAACAACAGGUGUAGACUAACAGUGAAAUGCUUUUGGGCCCUUCCCAAUAAUGCAGAGAGAAGAAUAAUAGAAAGAUAAUAACAGGAGGAAUAAAUACACAAUGAGUAAUGAUAACUUGGCUAUAUACACAGGGUACCAGUACUGAGUCGAUGUGCAGGGGUAUGAGGUAAUUGAGGUAGAUAUGUACAAGUCGGAAGUUUAUGUACACCAUAGCCAAAUACAUUUAAACUCAGUUUUUCACAAUUCCUGACAUUUAAUCCUAGUAAAAAUUCCAUGUGUUAGGUCAGUUAGGAUCAUCACUUUAUUUUAAGAAUGUGAAAUGUCAGAAUAAUAGUAGAAAGAAUGAUUUAUUUCAGCUUUUAUUUCUUUCAUUACAUUCCCAGUGGGUCAGAAGUUUACAUACACUCAAUUAGUAUUUGGUAGCAUUGCCAUUAAAUUGUUUAACUUGGGUCAAAUGUUUCGGGUAGCCUUCCACAAGCUUCCCACAAUAAGUUGGGUGAAUUUGGCCCAUUCCUCCUGACAGAGCUGGUGUAACUGAGUCAGGUUUGUAGGUCUCCUUGCUCGCACAAGCUUUUUCAGUUCUACCCACACAUUUUCUAUAGGACUGAGGUCAGGGCUUUGUGAUGGCCAUUCCAAUACCUUGACUUUGUUGUCCUUAAGCCAUUUUGCCACAACUUUGGAAGUAUGCUUGGGGUCAUUGUCCAUUUGGAACACCCAUUUGCGACCAAGCUUUAACUUCCUGACUGAUGUCUUGAGAUGUUGCUUCAAUAUAUCCACAUAAUUUUCCUUCCUCAUGAUGCCAUCUAUUUUGUGAAGUGCACCAGUCCCUCCUGCAGCAAAGCACCACCACAUCAUGAUGCUGCCACCCCCGUGUUUCACGGUUGGGAUGGUGUUCUUCGGUUUGCAACAACCCCCUUUUUCCUCCAAACAUAACGAUGGUCAUUAUGGCCAAAGAGUUCUAUUUUUGAUUCAUCAGACCAGAGGACAUUUCUCCAAAAAGUACGACCUUUGUCCCCAUGUGCAGUUGCAAACCGUAGUCUGGCUUUUUUAUGGCGGUUUUGGAGCAGUGGCUUCUUCCUUGCUGAGCGGCCUUUCAGGUUAUGUCGAUAUAGGACUCGUUUUACUGUGGAUAUAGAUACUUUUGUACCUGUUUCCUCCAUCAUCUCCACAAGGACCUUUGCUGUUGUUCUGGGAUUGAUUUGCACUUUUCGCACCAAAGUACGUUCCUCUCUAGGAGACAGACGCAUCUCCUUCCUGAGCGGUAUGACGGCUGCAUGGUCCCAUGAUGUUUAUACUUGCGUACUAUUGUUUGUACAGACAAACGUGGUACCUUCAGGCGUUUGGAAAUUGCUCCCAAAGGAUGAACCAGACUUGUGGAGGUCUACAAUUUUUUGUCUGAUUUCUUUUGAUUUUGACACUGAGAUGGAAGGUAGGCCUUGAAAUACAUCCACAGGUACACCUCCAAUUGACUCAAAUUAUGUCAAUUAGCCUAUCAGAAGCUUCUAACGCCAUGACAUAAUUUUCUGGAAUUUUCCAAGCUGUUUAAAGGCACAGUCAACUUAGUGUACAGUCAACUUCUGACCCACUGGAAUUGUGAUACAGGGAAUUAUAAGUGAAAUAAUCUGUCUCUAAACAAUUGUUGGAAAAAUUACAUGUCAUGCAGAAAGUAGAUGUCCUAACCGACUUGCCAAAACUAUAGUUUGUUAACAAGAAAUGUGUGGAGUGGUUGAAAAAAUUAGUUUUAAUGACUCCAACCUAAGUGUAUGUAAACUUCCGACUUCAACUGUAGGUAGGGGUAAAGUGACAAGGUAACAGGAUAGAUAAUAAGCAGUAGCAGCAGCGUAUGUGAUGAGUCAAAACAGUUAGUGCAAAAAGGGUCAAUGCAGAUAGUCCAGGUAGCUCUUUGGUUAAUUAGCAGUUUUAUGGCUUGGGGGUAGAAGCUGUUCAGGGUCCUGUUGGUUCCAGACUUUAAUGCUCAAUUGUGCUUCUAUAAUUCAAUACUGUGUACACAUCAUUACCAAACUCAUACAUACACAAACACAUCCUGGCACAGUAUCACAGGAGCACAAACACAUGUCAGAACAUUUCAUUUGUUUCUCUGGGCCUCUUGAGUGUGGAGUGAACCCACUGGUCCUAACACCUGGAGAGGGACCAAGGGUUUGGGUUGAAGUGGGGCAGGAUGUCAGGAAUGAGUUGUGUUGGCCUGCUUCCUGUGUUUCUAGGGCUGCAUGUGUGUGAUGACGAGAAUCUGCCCCUCAUGAAAGGACUGACACACUGACCACAGUUGAAUUCAGCCGUGUCCAUAGCCAGUAUUAUCAGCAAACCUCAGCUGUCUGUCUUAAACACACAGCAGGGGACAUUAUGGUUGUCAGGUGAAUGGCACUAUUACGCCACGUGUUGUGGCAAUAAUGUUGAAUGCUUUAUCCUGUAUGUUUCUAUAUAUGUUUAGUGGUUAUGUAUACAGGAGUAUGUGUAUGUAACAGGGCUCUUUUCUCUGUGUCCUCCACAGCGGCUUGCUGGCAGAAACGGUCAAGUUGCCCAGGUAAACCUGCAGCAGAUGCACCAAGAGCCCGCCUUCCUACUGUGGAUGGGGCUCCUGAUUGGACGACUAUUACAGAUCAUCCUGCAGAGAAGAUGAUGGGCAGACAGAAGCCUCAAUCCCAUCCCAUGCAGCACCCAGCAGACACAUACUGUAGCACCUGGGAGAAUUCUGUCAAAGACCUUGUACAUAUGUGA